AUGCAGAUGUGCGCGGCUGCAGUGCUGGGGGUCCUUCAGAUCGUGGUGGGGGUGGUCUGCCUGGUCCUGGGUCCUUCACGCACUCACACCAGACCCGGAGACGUGGCCUCUCUCUGGGCUGCGUAUUGGCUCGGAGCUGUGUUCGCAGCAGCCGGAGUCUUCACCAUCGUCUCUGGAAGCUGCCGCACUGUGUGUUUGAGCCGCUGCAGUGCCCUGGGGAACCUGCUGGGGGCGCUCUUCUCCAUCACAGGUCUGGUGCUGUACUCCCUGGACCUGGCUCACGUGUCUCUGUCCUGGAUGUGUAAAGGAGACAGCGCCCCCUGCAUGACACUGGCUGCUAUAGCACAGAAAGUGCUGACCUGGGUAGACGUGUGUCUCCUGCUGCUGCUGCUGCUUCAGCUCUGUGUCAACAUCAGUGCAGUGGUCCUGUCCCUCAGCCUCAGAGAGAAGGUCUUUCUGAAGUAUCCGGUCUGA